UUGCCGCCUCCGGAGCCCUGCGCGGCCCGGGGCUCGGGACGGGGGGACGGGGUGUCUGCGCUGGCCGCGGGGGAACAAUUUCUGAACUACCGAAACUUGAGAAUUUCAACUUCCAGCGUAGCCCGUCCCCUAAGAGGCUAACAUGAUAGGAAGCUUUCAUGAAGCUUGUGUGAAAGAAGCGGUUUAGAAUGCAGUGAAUUUGGAAGCCAUCAAAUUACAUUUGUUCAGUGAUUGCUGUCACAUCUGGUGUGGCCUCUGUUUCGUGUCACAUCUAAAACUCCUCUGUACUUCACUUAGAAAGGUAUUUGCAUAGGACUCAGAGGAGUUAAUCUUGUUUGAAUCUUCAGACAAGCCUCUGGGAGGACUGCAUACCUGCCUUGCAGCUGAUGUUCCCUGUUAUCCAGUAGAUAAUCCUGAAUCUGUGGAAAGAACUGUCCUCGUCACAAAGGAAAGAGUGCCCUGUCGGCCGGCGGGACCCUGCUGGCUGUUGGACCCCUGACCCUCAGAGAAGCACCCAUGGACAGUCUGGUGAUCCCAGCCAUGCCCCAGCUCCAGUGACGCAAAGUACCUUUCUGCCCGUGAAGCUUGUCAGUGCCUCAGACUUUCUGCCCCCAGCUUGACACUGCGUAUAAACUGGGGUGUGGGAAAGCAGGAACCAAAGCUAUUAGUAACCGAGUGGUCCGUGGUCUGGAGCUCAGCUGCGCUGACCCUGCCGAUUUGCCCGGCCCCGUCCUUCCUGGCGUGCUUAGGUGGCACAGCAUUUGGCCAGUACAUCUAACAAGGAAAGUGUGAGAAGCAGAACCCAUGGCCUCGUUCUCCUGUCAGACGUGUGGCAAGACGUUCCUCACCCUGGGCAAGCUCACUAUCCACAGUUACUCCCACACCAACGAGCGGCCGCACAAAUGCGAGCAGCCUGACUGUGACAAAGCCUUUGCUUCCAAAUACAAACUGAUGAGGCACAUGGCCACCCAUUCUCCCCAGAAAUCUCACAUGUGUGCUCACUGCAAGAAGACGUUCAACCGGAAAGACCACCUGAAAAACCACCUCCAGACGCACGCCCCCAACAAAAUGGCCUUUGGCUGUGAGAAGUGUGGGAAGAAGUACAACACCGUGCUGGGCUACAGGCGGCACCUGGCCCUCCAUGCGGCCAGUGGGGCCGACCUCACCUGUGGGGUCUGCGCCCUGGAGCUGGGGAGCACCGAGGUGCUGCUGGAUCACCUCAAAGCGCACGCGGAAGAAAAGCCCCCUAGCGGAACCAAGGAAAAGAAGCACCGAUGCGACCACUGCGAAAGACGCUUCUACACCCGGAAGGAUGUGCGACGCCACCUGGUGGUCCACACAGGAUGCAAGGACUUCCUGUGCCAGUUCUGCGCCCAGAGAUUCGGGCGCAAGGACCACCUCACCCGGCAUACCAAGAAGACACACCCCGAGGAGCUGAUGCAAGAGAGUCUGCAGACCGGAGACCUUCCGAGCACCCUCUACCCCGCCUCGCCUCCGUUUCAACUGAAGGCUGCCCCGCCGUCUCCUUUCCCCAUAGGAGCGCCUGCCCAGAGCGGGCUUGCAAGUAGCUUGCCGGCUGAGGUCCACAGCUUCACCCUCAGCCCCCCAGAACAGGCCCCCCAGCCUAUUCAGUUGCUGCUAGAGCCCCUUGCCUCCCUGCACCCCUCGGUGUCCCCUGGCUGUCCUCCAGCCCUGCCCAAUCACAGCAACACUUCUACUUCAUACUCCGCCCAAUUUGCAAGCCUGCCCCUCAAAGCAGAUACUAAAGGGUUUUGCAGUAUCAAUCUGUUCGAGGACUUGCCUCUGCAAGAGCCUCUGUCACCUCCCAAGCACAGCCCAGGUUUUGAUCUGGCGAGGGGAAGUGCUGGUAAAAUAAACCUGCCCAGGGAGCUGCCUGCAGAUGUUGUGAGCGUAGCAAUACCUGCCUCCCUCGACCUGUCCUCCCUGUUGGGCUUCUGGCAGCUGUCCCCUCCCGCUCCCCAGAAUGGCUGUGGGAAUAGCGCUGUCACCCUGGGGCCAGGGAAAUCUCUGCCCAACAUGUUAAGCUGUCAGGGGCAGCAGCAGCAGCAGGAACCCCCACUCGCCAUGGGCACCAUGAGCCUGGGCCAGCUCCCCCUGCCCCCCGCCCCCCACGUCUUCACAACUGGCACUGGCUCUGCCAUCCUCCCUCAUUUCCACCAUGCAUUCCGCUAAGCGUUGUAAAGCGUAUUUCCUUAUCCUGGAAGAUGUUUUAAGAAGCCUUUUAGACGUCAGUUAUAAUACAAGGGAAGAUUUGGAAAACAAGGCUGAGAAUAUGGCUUAUUCGGUGAUGACUGGCUUGAGCUGAGAGCAUUCUCGAACUACAUGUAUUGUGCCAAUCUUUCGUGAAGUGUGUUCGUGCUUUGUACCAAAUGUAAUGAACGUGUGUUCUUUAAUCAAACUGCAAAUAUUGUCAUAGCCAACAUCCAAAAUGACAGCUGCUAUAUAUAAGUGUUUGUCAUAUGGAAUUUAAUUGUAAGCCAUGAUCAUAAUGUUAACUAAAUAACUUUAUGUGGCACUGCUUAGAGAAGGGAACUAUGAAAAGGUUUGCAUGUCUCCAAAUUGGGAGAAUUUUUUUUAAAUAAGACUGUAACCUUUAUAUGGUGUAUUACAACGAGGCUGUGUAUUUCUUGUCAGGGAUGUUUGUACCUUCAGGGUUGGAUGUAGUUUAGUUACUGUUACCGUAGCCAACCUGUAGUUUUACGUAAACAAUUUCUUGUGGAACAAGAGCUUUCUCCAUUUUAAAAAAGCAUUCAAAUGUAGUUGAGUAUUUUCCACAAGACGCUGCAAUGUGAGUUAUCGCUUCAUUUAUCUUAAGGACUAAACUGCUUGUCAGUUACUUCUGACAGAAAAAAAAAAUCACUGUGUAACCAGUCUAAGUGGUAAAAUAGUGCUGGUGUCAGUCAAAGGCAUUUUGCUGACUUUAAUGUUGAUUAUAUAUAAACAGGAAUUUAAGAAUAUUACUGGAAUUAAAAAUAUAUAUAUUAAACAAGAAUUUUCUUGCUCUGUCUAGCUUAAACAACUACUCAAGCUGCUUAAGUUCCUAAGUAUUGUGUUGUGUUCAAGUAUUGUGUUUAAUCACCAGUAAAUAAGUGCAUUUGUAAUUCGGUUUAAGUCAUUAUUAGCAUUUAGCCAGAGGAUUACAUUGUAAAAUGUAACUGUGAUCUAGCUCGUGAAUUUGGUAUCUUGGUAUAUUAAUGAGUUCUAAAAAUGUAAAACCUAACCUUUGCUAAAGCUCCUUUGUCUUGUUUUUAGAGGCUUGCUUUUCUGUAAACGUGUAUCUUACGUAUAAUAAACUCUUCAAAAUUGCA